AUGCCUCAGUCCGUUCUUGGGAAAGUCUUCACAUGUCUAACUUUGCAGUUUAUUGUUGGUCAUUACAUCGUGUUUGUGACGUCAGAGGAGACAAUUGACCACGUUAAGAAACUAUGGCAGGAUAUUUUCACCAAAGGUUCUUACAAUAAGUUCACACGCCCCGUUAAGGAUCAUAAUACACCGGUAUUUGUGGAGACGAGAUUAAACCUUGUAGGAAUCAUGGAAAUUAACGUUGUGGAGGAAAACCUCACCACUACUGCCUCUGUAAGCCUAAAUUGGAACGACGAUAAUCUUGUAUGGGAUCCAGAUUUAUAUGGCGGUGAAGCAAAGACUGAAGUGUGGACUCCCGACAUGGCAUUGGACAAUGGCUUCACCAAGAUGAAGGCUCUAGGUGAUAGUUUUGUCUUGAUUAGUGUUCUAAGUGAUGGAUCUCUUCUCUGGGAACCGUACGAGGUGUUUCAGACGAAAUGUACGAUGGAUGUGGAGUAUGUCCCCGUUGACAAGCAAACAUGUGCUAUCAACGUUCGAGUAUGGACCAGUGAAAUAGAAGAAGUGAUUAUGGGUUUGUUAUCUUAA